AUGUACGGUUUUUUUCAUUGCGUGCGCUCUUGAGUUGCAUGGCAGAUGGCACAGUCACGUCGCCGUCGCGGCAAGAUGGGCGUGGCGGCGGCGACGGUGACGGCCACAACAGGCUCAGCAAUCUGCCUGAUCACAUCCUGCUCCUCGUCCUGGAGAGGCUCCGCGGCGAUGUGCGUUCGCUCGCCAGCACCUGCGUCCUCUCGAGGCGCUGGAGGAUGCUGCCGCUGAUGCUCUCCGAUCUCACGAUCAGCGUCCGGACCUUCGUCCCCGCGGACCGUGGACGCACCACUGCCCAAGUCCGGCGCCAAGCGACCGGCAGCUUCACCGGCGCCCUGCGGUUAUUCCUCGCCACGCCCACUGCGGCUGUCACAUUUAGCCCCGGAUCAGCUCCGUCCCUCCAGGAAAUAACCCUCGACAACCAGGCUCAGACAUGGCAGCUGAGCUUCACCUUGAGCGAGCUCCUGGAAAACGCCAAUCACCUGCGGAUCCUUUGUUUGGCUUUUGGCAAUGACAAGAUUUGGGUGCAGCCGGAGAACCCGAGGACUCUGGGAGCUGCGUUCAGCUGCAAGCUAAAGGAGCUCCAUCUGAUGAACGUGUUUCCGGAAGGCGACCUCUCAUGGACAAUGUUCCUUCUCCAGGCUGCACCUCUCCUUGAGUUCCUCGACAUCCAGAUACGCACACUGUCAUCUAGAGCGUCUAUUCCUUUUCGAGCCAUGUACCCUUAA